AUGGCUCAUACUAUUCGAAAAAAUGUAUUCCAGCACAUGAAGACGCCUACACCGUCGGCAUACGAAGUUCCAUCGUCACCAAAUAUCCAUAAUCUAUCGCAUCUAUCUAAUGUCCCCCAAAACCAGUCUGAUCUGUCGGAACUGGCUGCUCCCGAAGUGAAAGUUGAUCCAUUACCACAUCCUCCUGAGCCUCAAAAGCAAUCGAUCCCAUUGCCACAAGUAUCAAUAAAUCAACAACGACAACACCCACAGCCACUGCAACUGCAACUGCAACUGCAACUGCAACUGCUGCAGCAGAGAACUAUGUCAGACGAAGAACAGCAGUUGGCUACUAAACUCAAAGAAACAUACAAAAACAUUGUCAACUAUGAAGAAGUUGUUCAAAAAAAUUGCAUAGAAAUUACAUUGAAAAUAAAUCAAAUAACUACAAACUCCAAUCCCAGUUUGGUUUAUGGAUCGCAAAUUGUUAACCAGAAUAUAGCCAGUUCACUUAACUCAAACUCAUCUUUAGCAUCUAGUUCAACUCGGACCUCGGAACUACUGAAUGAUUUAUGGACAGUAUACCAUCACAAUAUUACUUUAUUGGAUAAUUACUAUGAUUUUUUGGUAACUUCCCUAAAACCAUCGUCUAAUCAAACACAAUUCAAAACAGGUAAAAAUAUAGUGGAAUUGUACAAAAUACCAAGAAGAAUGUGGGUCUAUGGAAUAGUUGGGUUCCUUGAAGUUUUGAAAAAUAUAAUGGGUAUUUUUCAAGAUCAUGAAAUAUGCUCUUGCUUUAUAUCCCAUUGCUUUAGUAUCAUUUCUAAUUUAACUGACCCCAUUUUGGAAAUGGAAGGAUGGUGGGCUGAAAAAUUGGGAGAUUUGUCUCGAAUGGCUAUUGCAUUAUAUGCAUCUAAGUUUAUUGAUUGGAAAAUUAGUGCCGAAUAUUGGUAUUCAGUGGCUAUGCGGACACUUUAUGGACACGGAAAGAUUUAUUACCACAUGUGUACUGUACAACAAGAUAAUUUGGAUGCACUUGUCAACAUUGGUAAAUCAGUCACUUGUCGAGACCCGUUUGUGCCCACACAACAUUACUUGAGAUUGGUAGUAGAAAACAUCUGUACCCAACGAAAUAUCUUAUCACUAUUAGAGUUGCCAAUAAUAGAUUUUAUAAAAAUUCACAAAGUUUUAUUAAGCAUUUACAAUGGACGAAACAGCGAAGGAUCAUCGGCAGAAAAUAUUCACGAUUCACAAUUGCAAUAUGGUAUUGAUUUGGUUACUCGGUACGGACUCACUUUUGGUUCUGAUUCUAGUGGUUAUAAUUUUUUUACUAGGGAGAUGUAUCCAACAACAAUAGCAACAACAGGAACAACAGCGGCAACAACAACAACAGCAGCGGCAGCAGCGGCAACAACGGCAACAACAGGAGGUAUUAACAUGUCUCCUGAAAGUGCUAAUCCAUAUUACCAAAAAUUGCCUCAAAACUAUGUACAUGCAUCGCUAGGAGGAUCUCCUUCAAUGGUGCUGCAACACCCAAGUGCUACAAAUACAUUGGAAAAGAUGAAUUUUUGGUUUAAUAAGGGAUCCCUUUUUGCUAUUUCAAAUAUUAAUCACUUGAUUGGUUUUGGUGAUGCAAAGAAUCCAUUUGCAAAAUUAUUUGAGUUACCCGAAGCAUUAAAAGAAAGAAAGGAUAAAAAGGACAGAAAGAGGAAAACAAGAAGUGUUUCACAAACGGAGGAAAUAAUCUUAUCUAAUAUGGGGACAAAUAGCGGCAUCGAUGGACAAUCAGUGCUUGCAGCUCAUUUACACAAUUAUGACUGGUUUUAUAGUUUACAAUUUAUAAACAAGUCAGUAUUGGAAUUGUCAAUGAGGAUUUUGAACCAUUAUUUGGUGGGACCUAAACAAGCAUCAACUGGACAUGUUAUUGUUUGGCUUUAUUUUUUAAUAAGCGUUGGUGAAGCAACAAAGAAAUACGUUGUUUCUCAACAAAUGAUUCACUGGUUAUUCAAGACAUUGUUUCCUUGGGAAUCAUUAAUUAAUUACUUAAACUCAUUACUAGCAUUUGUCAAGAGUAAUCCUAAAUUAUGCGCAUUAUAUACUCAAUAUUUACAAUUGUCCUACAUUUCAUGGUUUUGUGAAAAUGAGUUUUUACCUGAGGUUUGGAAAUGCUGGGGUACAUUGUGGUUUGAUUUUAUUAAUGAAAAGGGGGACUAUACUGACUUGGAGGAAGCUGGAGUAAGAAAUAAUAAUUUAUUUGACUUGCCAACAUGUGGAACGUAUCCUAUUGUCAAUAUGCCCACCGAUAGUUGUGACGAGAGGUGCAAAAACAGGAUGGAAAAUGAAAAUGACGAAAGAAUAAUUAGAAUCAUUCUCUUGGCAAGGACAAUUGCUGAUGAGUAUGGAUUUGGAUUGGUGCGUACAAGUACAGAGUUUAAAUUUGACGAACAAGUAUAUUCUAAAACGAUGAAUGAUUCAUUUACAGAAGAGUUUUUAUCAGAUGUAAGGUUUUCACAAAAUAAUUUUAUUCAACCAAUAUCAGUGGAAAAUCUCACUAUGGAAACAAAUAGUGGUUUGACAUCUUUGCAAAAGGAUGAACUAUGGUUUGGUGGGUUGGAUAGUCAUUUAUAUGAAGAUGAGAAUCUUGAAUUGGAAGAUGACAUUAUCGACGACGACGACGAUGAUGUUGAGGAGGAGGAGGAGGAAGAAGAAGAAGAAGAGGAAGAGGAAAAUGAAAAUGAAAGUGGACAAGUUGGAAGAGGAGUUGGAGGAAACAAUGAGGCACACAUACAAUAUGAAGGAGACUACGAAGCACUGCAACCUUAUUCGCAACUCCCCCAUCGACAGCAAUAUCCAAGAAACACUAAUGGUGCUGAAGAAUUUUACAAUGAUAGCUUUAUUGGUACCCCAACGGACCCACUUUUCUUAAGUAACAUGAACAAUGACGAACUCGAGGGUAAUUUUGGAGACAAAAUAGACAGUAACAUCACACAUGUGACAUUGGACACAAAUAUAUGGUUAAAGCAUUGUGGAAGGAUUUAUAAAUGUGUCAAGAAUGGAGUAUUGAAAAUCACUAUUCCUUUAAUAGUUUUCCAAGAAUUAAGAGCAUUGAGGAAAUCAGCGGAGGCAACAAUUGCAGAUGCAGCAACUAGAUCGGUAAUUAUAAUUCGUAAACUAUACCUGACCAGAGAGAUCAUUCCUUUGAGCUUUGACGGGACAGUAGCCCUGGAUAUUAAUGAGACCCUUGAGUUCGAAAAUAACUCCAAUUGGAGGUCGAAUGUCGAUGAAACUAUACUUCAUGCUGUUAAUGAGUAUGACGAAUUAGGUAAAAGAACAAUGAAGGGGCUCAAUCUUAGACUUUCACCAUAUACUAGGAAUAGAGAUCACGCAACGCAUUUCGAUAAUGAGGAUUCUUACCAGCAACAACAUCAACAUCAGCAUCAGCUACUAUUAUUACAACAACAACAACAACAACAACAACAACAGCAGCAGCAGCAGCAACAACAGCAACAACAGUUUUAUCAGCAGCAACGUCAACAACAUCAAAACCAGCAUCAUCAGCAACAACAACAAUAUCAACAACAACAACUGCACCAACCACUUCCUCCUCAGAACCUCGCUUAUGUGCAGAUGUUAUCAAAGAAAGAUUCCAAAGAACCCCCGGUAUUAAACUCGCGGAUGGCCAAGUUAUUCAAAUAUUGUAUUUUGAUUACAGACGAUCGAAAUAUGAGACUAAGAGCAAAGACAAUUGGAUUAGCAUCAUUUCAAAGCAAAUGGUUAUUUAAUCAAUUAGAAGCAGUAUUUUCCGAUAGAUGUAUAGAUUGA